UACUAGAAGAUUACCAAGAAAAAACUGUAAAUUGCGAUUGGCGCCACAAAAAUCCAAGUCUGUUAUUUACUUUUUUUUUUAAAUAAGUAUACAAAUCACCGAAAUCACAAUGUCAAUGACAGGCGUCAGAUUAAGCAAGGUGAAGAGACUGUACCACCAAAAGUAUCGUUCAGAAUGGGAGAAUCUGCCGUCAUUCCAGCACUGGCUGUGUCGUGGAGCUGACGGGUAUAUGGCUCAUUGUAGGAUCUGUAAUGUCAGUAUAUUGUCUCGGAUUGCAUCAAUUAAACAGCAUCACAACACCCGUAAGCACCAAAAAGCUUUAAAAUUGGCAAAGAAUUUAUUGAAGCUGGAUGAAGAGAAGCCCAGCUCAUUGAUAAUGAAACCAAACAAAGCGGUGGCGAUGGCCGCUUUUGUUAAGAAGGAAAGAAUGCUAAAGAAACCAACAACGCCAAAGAAUGUGAAAAACUUCUUAAACGAGGAGCUGCACGAGGAUGGAGAAGUCGAAAUACAUAAUUCACAAACUCAUUCCAUAAUUUUGCCCAGUAAAAGGAAUUUUUCAAUAUCAAUAAAAUCAUCACCCACUGAUACGCCCACGAUUAAUGAAAAAACGCCAAAUAAAAUCAGCCCGCAGACGCAUAUGGAGACCUGCUCAAGCGACUCAAUGCUGGAGGAUUUACUGGGUCCUGAGGACAUCGAAAGAGAAAGCACUGAUGAAAUAGAAAGGGAAUACAUUGCAGAAGAUGGAUUUGUUACUGAGACAGAUCACGACUUAAAAAUUGAGGAACUGCGUAUGGGCGACUUGCAAGAGGACGGUAUGGAGGAGGAGCAUAUUAUUAAUGAGUUUGAUCUGUUCGGAAAAAGUGUAGCCUUGCAGCUCAACAACAUGGAGCUUGAGGAUGCCCUGUUGUGCCAGGAUCGAAUGCAAAGUGUUCUCACUGAGUUUCGCCUGAAAAUAAUCAAGCGCCAGAGGAAGUAUCACAUGUAAUAUGAUAGAUUUAAAGUAUAGCAUACUUACUGAUGGAAUAUGUAAACUAAUAUUCAUAAACGUAUUUAUAUAGAUGUAAUAUG